ACACGAGGUUUGGAACUUCAAGAGAGAGAAAAGUGUCUGCUAAAAAGAUCAUUUUGACUCUCUCUCUCUCGCCUCUCCCUCUAUCCAUAUCCAUGACUGAUUCACAAUUUUCUUUUCACAUCCCUUUGUCAUAUUAUUCUUAAUUCAACAAGUCUGCUUUUGACCACAUUCAAGAAAAUUAAUAGUGUUUUCUUGCUUCUUUUUUUUUUUUCGUUUUUAUUAUUUUAGCAUUUUAAUUUUAUAUGUUUCAUUGUUUCUUGAUUCAUUAUUAUUAUUAAAUAUCUAAUCUUUUGUGAGGUUUUGUUAAUUUUAAUGUUAUGAAUUCUCGGAUAUUUCUUGGAGAUUUGUAUAAGAAGAAAAACUAGUUCUUCAAGAUUUGUUGCUAUGCCUUGAAAAUAUUUCGUGGGGUAUAUUUUUGUUAGGGAAAUUAGAAGAUUUGAUCUUUGUGAAUCAUGGGAAAUUGCUGUGUAACACCUCAUGGUUCUUCUGAGAAGAAGAAACGGAAGAAUAAACCGAACCCUUUUUCCAUAGAUUACGGUGCGAAUCAUGGAUCUGGGGGUUCAAACAAGCUUGUUGUGUUGAAAGAUCCGACAGGUCAUAAUAUUAAUGAAAGGUAUGAUCUUGGGCGCGAGCUUGGCAGAGGUGAAUUUGGGAUCACUUAUUUGUGUACUGAUGUGGAGUCUGGUGAGAAACUCGCCUGCAAAUCCAUAUCCAAGAAGAAGCUGAGGACUGCAGUGGAUGUUGAGGAUGUGAGGAGGGAGGUUGAGAUCAUGAAGCAUUUGCCUAAGCACCCAAAUAUCGUGAGCUUGAAGAACACUUACGAGGAUGAAAGCGACGUUCAUAUUGUUAUGGAAUUGUGCGAAGGUGGUGAAUUAUUUGAUCGGAUAGUGGCACGGGGACAUUAUACGGAAAGGGCAGCUGCAUUCAUUAUGAAGACCAUUGUUGAAGUUGUUCAGAUGUGCCACGGACAUGGAGUGAUGCAUCGUGAUCUCAAACCGGAGAAUUUUCUCUUUGCAAAUAAGAAAGAAACAGCUCCACUGAAAGCAAUUGAUUUUGGUCUGUCAAUCUUCUUUAAACCUGGUGAGCACUUCAGUGAGAUUGUGGGAAGUCCUUACUAUAUGGCCCCAGAAGUUCUAAAACGCAACUAUGGGCCAGAGGUUGAUGUGUGGAGUGCUGGAGUUAUCCUUUAUAUUCUGCUUUGUGGAGUUCCACCCUUCUGGGCAGAAACUGAGCAAGGAGUGGCACAAGCAAUUAUUCGAUCUGUCAUUGAUUUCAAGAGAGAUCCUUGGCCUAAAGUAUCCGACAAUGCAAAGGACCUUGUAAAGAAAAUGCUCGAUCCAGAUCCCAGCCGUCGUCUCACGGCUCAGCAAGUUCUCGAGCAUCCGUGGCUUCAAAAUGCAAAGAAGGCACCAAAUGUCUCAUUGGGUGAGACCGUGAAAGCAAGGCUCAAACAGUUUUCUGUGAUGAACAAGCUCAAGAAAAGGGCUCUAAGGGUUGUGGCCGAGCACUUGUCCGUGGAAGAAGUGGCUGGGAUUAAGGAAGCAUUUGAUACGAUGGACACUGGAAAGAGGGGCCUAAUUAAUCUUGAAGAACUUAAAAUUGGUUUGCGAAAGAAUGGUCAUCAGAUACCUGAUGCUGAUCUUCAGAUUCUCAUGGAAGCUGCUGAUGUUGAUGGAGAUGGAGCUUUGAAUUAUGGGGAGUUUGUUGCUGUUUAUGUGCAUAUUAGAAAGAUGGCCAAUGACGAGCACCUACAUAAAGCUUUUUCAUUUUUUGAUCGAAAUAAGAGUGGAUAUAUAGAGAUUGAAGAACUCCGGCACGCUCUGAGUGAUGAAGAUGAUGCCAAUAGCGAGGAAGUUAUCAAUGCUAUCAUGCAUGAUGUUGAUACAGAUAAGGAUGGACGCAUAAGCUACGAAGAAUUUUCUGCAAUGAUGAAGGCUGGUACUGAUUGGAGAAAAGCGUCCAGACAAUACUCACGCGAACGAUUCAAUAGUAUUAGCUUGAAGUUGAUGACGGAUGCCUCUCUGAAGUUAACAAACGAAGGUCGAUGAACGAGGGGAAAAAAGCAGAUUCGAGAGGCACAUUGCGAAUUUAUUUUAUUUUUUCUAAUUUUCUGUUGAGUUUAUGAAUUUACUGUUUCGUUCUUUCUAAGUCAUUUUUGUUCUAGUUUUCUUUCCUUUUUUAUUACAUGAUAGGAUUUUAGGUAUGAUACGUUUCUACAUGGCUAGACAUGCAUAAUAUUUAACAUAGAGAAUUGGCGAUUUAAAGUGUUUUACUUGUGUAAAUUGUUGUUCGAUUUUAAUGAA